AGUGUGCCGUUGCUGUCUUUUGCCCUGACCGGUGAGAAGCGGGCGGUUUUCGCCUGAAUCGCCGAUAGGGAUACGGGCCACACUUGGGCCACACUCGUGCAGUCGCCGCUCGCCUUCAAGGACAGAUGCUGGGCCUUGCCGUGGGGCUUGCGCUCGCCUCGGCGCAAGCGGAGAGAAGGACAGUGCAAGGGAUCAGUUACGGGCCGAUGCCCUGCAAAGAGCCUUGCUUCGUUAGCCAGGACGACUUCUUCUCGCAGUCUGCAAAGCCUAUGACGUGGGGCACGAGAGGCCGCGGAGAUCUGGAGGUCAUAAAGAAGUUGGGGGCAAACACGGUGCGUCUCUAUGGCAACAACCCAGAGAACACGCACUGGGACUUUCUAGAUGAAGCACAGGAGCUGAACCUUGCGGUGGUCCCAGGGCUCAGCGACUACGACUUCAUCCAAAGCCCUGAGAGUUGCCUCACCACAAACUUCAACUGCUUCCAGCAGAUCCGGAAGUCCUACGGGGAGCUCCUUGAAAAGGGCUUCCUGAAAGACGGUAGCUACCACCCCGCCCUGCGGGAAGUGAUCGUGAUCAACGAGCCGGAUCUGAAAUUGCCAGGGAUCCAGGAGCCGGAGAAGUUCUGCCGCGCCAUCCUCAGCUCCAUCGAUGCCAUGCUCGACGCGGAGGACGCUUUGAACAUCACCGGGCCGCGGAUCAACUUCACCGUGGCGUUCUCCUUCGGCGUUUGCACGGCUUGCCCCGACUUCGCGACUCGGCCCGCCCUGGGGCAGAUGGCGGUCCUCAGGGACGCCUUCGAAGAUCCCGAGGCGGUGGGUUAUGUGCCCCGGCACAACCUCACGGAGUUUUAUGAAGAGAGGUUCCACAACAGUUUCAACACCGCGAACCCUGCGGCACAUGUGCGCGAGAUGUUCCUCAACACGUACGAGCGCGAGUUCCCCAGCACUCCGGUGAUGAUUCAGGAGUACCACAGUCCCUUCGAAGAGGU